AUGCUCGCGAGCGCUCCCCACCAAACGUUUGACCGUCUUGCCAACUCUAGACCUCAACACGCUAAGGUUCCAUACUCUUCGCUCGUCAACGUUCGCGCCGCCAAGGACUGCCUCGACGCAAUGACGCUCUCAACCUCGCACUCCGACACCACGAUGCUGGUUGAGGACAACUCUGCACCCAUCGCCAGUACCUCUUCGUCUCCAUCACAAACGCUGAGGCAGCCUGUGCCAACGCGCCCGAAAAACCACGUCCGCGGCGCCGUCUCAGAUUCGCGGGUCUGGACCACGGGACGCAACUUCAUUGACGGACGCUACCGCGAGCGACAAACGUUCGCCACCACAGAAGAGCAGAAGGAGCUCGAAGCGGAACGUGACGCCAUCCUCCAGAUCCAGAAUGUACAGGCCGCCAAACGUCGAGCCAAGCUGAUGAGACUCACACCCGCUUUCCCUUACGUUCAUCGAGAGAACGUCCAUACUCCAAGCCCGCCAUCCAGCGAGGCCUCCUCAGCGCGCACCGCAAGCGAGGCCGACCUCUCGACACCACCCGACAACCGCCUUACUUUCCCCAGCCCGAAAACGCGCAUCAGCAUGGCUGCAGCGCAAAACGCCGUAACGGCUCUUCACCCUGGAUCCAGAAAGGCGCUGGCGCUCAAAGCCAACAGCCCUGGUCCCGAGGUCCUCGGCGGCCUCAGCCUCGAUCUCCAUUGCUUGCCAUCGCCAGCGGGCGAUCGAACAUCCAUCUCUUCCGCCGCUUCCGCUAGCUCGGACCUGGUGCGCAAAAAGUCGGGCGAGCCCGUCAAGUCGUCGCUCAAGCAAUACUCGAGCAGUUACAUUGUGCCGCGCUCCGCCAGCGAAGCCUCCUUCUCCACCUCGGCGUAUGGCACCAAGUCGGUGCCUACCACCCCCAGUGCCAUGAAGUCGGUCCACUUUGACAAGCAACUCGAACACGUCAAGAUCUUCAAGGUCAAGGGUCGUCCCCAGGCCGUGUCGCGCGAAGGAAGCCCAGAGCACACCGAGACCGAGACCGAAGAAGAGCGCGAUUAUCCUUGGUUUGGCUCUCGCCGUGGAGGAGGUCCAGGUCGCAAUGCCGGCCAAAGGAGCCCCACCAACCCCGCCACUCCCCCUGCUGCCGAAGUAGACGAGCAACUCGUGCUGCGCCUGCCCAACUUCCCCUCGUCCGCCAAGCUCUCGCUCGACAAGGACAUUUUCCUCGAGCGCAUCUAUCUCUCGGACGAUCUGCGCUCCGUUCGCGGCACCGUCCAGGUCAAGAACCUCAGCUUCGAGAAGUGGGUCGCCGUCCGCUUCACCCUCGACCACUGGGCCACCGUCAACGAGGUGUCGGCAGAGUACUCGGAGAGCAUCAAGGACGGCACCGCCGACCGCUUUGUCUUCUCCAUCAAGCUCAACGAGGUGCUCAACUGGCCUCGCGGUGCUGGUCUCAACGAGACCAAGACCAUCUUCCUCUGCUUGCGCUACACCACCGGCGGCCGCGAAAUCUGGGACAACAACGACGGUGGCAACUAUCAGCUUGACUUCCGCAAGCGACCCGCCCAGGCCGUCGAGGCACCUCGCGCACCACCUGCCUCUGGCGAAGCACGUGCUUCGUCGUCGUCAUCGUCGUCGUCAUCACCGUCUUUCAGCAACACACUGCCGCGAAGGUACACACUCAGCUCCAUGGGUCCCUCGGCAACCUCCUCCAUUAUCGAGAUGGGCCGCAGGACCGGUGUCUACGGGCAGAAAGCUACACGCGACCAUGCCAUGGAGCGACUCAAGCAGGAACUCGAGCGUCUGCGAUCGGAUGAAGAGGAGGCCGACAAGGCCCCAGCUUCUGGCAGCUUCAUCACCGAGAUGGCCAAGCGUCGCUCGCCGCCUGUUUCGCCCGGCGGCGCUGGCAAACCCGGCUCGCCUUCUCCGUGGUCGGCAAGGUACGACUUUGGCGCCUCGCUCCGCGAUCCUUCUUCCGGCAGUCGAAAGACCGAAGCUGGACGCGCCGCCGCUCUCGACUACUUUUCCGCACGUCCGCCCGCCAUGGCCUCCAGUCCCAUGCGGUCAUCGUUCGUUGUCAGCGCCGCUACGCCGUCCCCCGAUGCGUCGACGCCCAAGUCUGCAUCUGACACUGUUCCCAAGCUGGGCCGACUCGGUAUGUUGAGCCCUGGCUUGGGCGAGAUGGUCGUCGAGCACCCUGCUGUGACGAGUUCCAACACAAGCUCGCCAAGCGGUUCGCUUCUCCAAGUACCGCAGCUGGGCGCCAGUGGUGCUCGCAGCCCUGACCCCGUUUCGCCGACGCCCAUGUCAUCGACACGCUAUAACUCAUUCCCGCCGCAUCGAAACAUGCAGCCUCCCAGCAUGUUCGGCAUGUGGGAAGAGGAUGCACAGAGCGGCACUGGUUCUGGAUCUGCCUCUGUCUCUGGAUCAGCAUCUGGCUCAGCAUCUGGCUCAGCACCUGGCUCUAGGUCGAACUCUCCUCCUUUUCCGAUGGUUUUCUCUACGUCGAGGGUAGCGAUCGAGAACGACGGCACUGUGCUCGAAGAUUACACGCCUGACGGCAGCCAGGCGUCGCCCAACUCGAUGACCAACUCGCCGAAUCCAUUCUCGCCUGCCCUCUCGGCGAGCUCGGUCGACUCAGACUCAACGGCGAUGCUCGAUGCUUCCGGCAAACCGACCAUGACGAGUAGUUUGGACGACUUGAGAAACCUCGGCGGCCCUUCGUCUUCCUCCUACCACUACCUUCGAGCUGACCAUCUGGAAGACAGGACGAGGCCGUCUUCGUUUGCUGCCGGAGACGACGCAGAGCAGCACGGUUAUUCCUCGUCGUCUCUUUCGUCCACCACGCUCUCGCCGUCGUCCGAGUUGGCUACGCCAGACGAAGAGUUUAUGCGCCCUUCCAACUUGACCAGCUUCAACGAGCUGGUGGCGCGCUUCUGUUGGAACAGCGACAACCAGGUCACGCAGACCAGUAGUCCAGACGCUGCGGGAAUUGCCACGCACACCCCCACUUCUGCGUCUGGACGCUCGACGCCCAUCGCUCGUGCUGGUGGCGCCUACUGA